CAGUUGAGUUGGUUUUGUUCAUUUCGAAAUACUUGAUUGCUUCACUUUGAUAUGUAUAUGUAUACGGAAAUUGUGAUUGCUGGACUGAUUAAAUACACAAACAUUUAAAUUGUGUCAUUUUCGGGUCAUGUAUUAUUUGUAAUUACAGAGAUUCAGUGAAAUUUCGAAUUUAAUUGAAUUUAGUUUAAAGUUUGGGUUUGUUAUCAAAAUGUCUUCUCCUGCGAUAGCAUCCGAUGAGGUUAAGGAUUGUUUUUGUUCGAUCUGUGAAAAUCAAGUGGAUGCAGAUACAAACACGGCUACAGUCCUAAUAUUAUAUGUGUGCAUUUAUAAACAGCACGCGCUUCUCACCCUUGCAAAUGAUGGAACAAUCCUGGCUAUCUUCGCAGAUCCAGGACUACGAUGGCCACGUAGUGUACAUGUGACCCCUGCAGGUCAGGUGCUAGUAUCUGGGCUCCAGUCCUACACUACCCUACAGGUCGACAUUGAGAGGAUGAGGAAGCUGACAUCUCUGGCUACACGGAGGGAUGGAGUGGAAUACCCAUGGUCAGCUUGCUACAGCAACACCACACUCUCUAUAAUUGUGUUAGAUACCGGCGCUACUUCCCCAAUAACCCCAUGAUGAGCCUCAAUUUUAAUUUUAAUUCAAGGAAAACUAGUCUACUUGCACCUGAAACACACAUUUACCUCCCUUAUACAUAAUUAUUUCGUCUGCUAAACACUUAUCAACAACAAUGGAUGAAUUGGAAAACAAUGAAAUAAAUCUUCUUUUACUCAAUUAUCUUUGACUUAGAUGAUUUUUUGAAUGUAAUUUAUGAACAAGAUAAUGACAGCGCUUUAAAAUCACAAGAAAUCACAUCAGCAGAACCAACAGCAGGAACAGGAACACCAACACAGGAAGAUAAAGAACAAAAUCUAAAAUCAACACCAAAAAGGAAUUUCAGAUCUGUAAGUGUGGAUAGCAUUCUGCUUGAAAUCGAAAAUUUAAAUACAAGAAAGAAAACCGACAUUGACAUCAGACUUUUCAAAACUGUCCUAAACAAUCACACAAAUGAGGCAAGAAAUAUUGAGAAUAUACCUUCCCUAGAAUUGAACCCUCUGGUCUGCGAUUUUUGUUUUGGAUGUGACUAAAAAAGAUGGAUCAGAGUAUGAACCUACAUCUUUGAGGCCAUUUGUAAGCUCAAUCGACAUGCGUUGAAGAAUGUCAAUGAACUACAAGCACUCUUUGAUAAAUGACCCUGAAUUUGCGAAAGUGAGGGGAGUAUAAAAAAGUAAGCAAAAAGCUCUGAAACAACAAGGUUAUUGAAAUACGCCGCAUCAAGCCCAUGCAUUAACAAAUGAACAUAUCUAAGCUCUGUACGCAGCAGAAAACCCUGGGAGAAUCGAGCCCAAGAGCUCUAUUACACACACUGUGGCUUAUAUGUAGAAUCCAAUUUUAGAUGAAAACUGGCAAGGAAAGGCACACCUUCUGCUGGAGUGAUGUCAUUCUUGGAGUGAAUUUUAAAACUGGUGAAUAAUUUAACAACUUUGAAACUGAGCGUCAGACAAAAACCCGUACUGGUGACAAUCCUAGGGAUAUAAUGUAUUUUUCUAUCUUUGAAUACAAAACUCUGAAAUGAUCAUUUAUAUAAAACUGGUAGCGUUUAUUAAAUAUAUAAAUGGAUUUGUUCUUUAGUCAAAAUAAAACAAAUAUGGAGGAUA